UCGAUGUACUACAUUUUGACAUUAGACAGCUCAGGUUAGGGCCGUGAAAUAACAGACAAAAGCCGAUUAUGCUGAAAUAGCAACGACUGAAACCGUAUUUAGACAUGGCACCUAAAUCUCUGCCUGAAAAGUUUUUAAAUUUAGAAGAGAAUGACUUGAAAGAGUCUACCUGCAUUUGCAAGAAACAGUGUGACAACUGUAAAAUUUUUCUGGGAUUCUUCAUCUUAUCCCUUUCAUUGCAUCUAGUAACGCUGUUUUGUUAUUUGGACCUGAGAUCUGAGGUGAAGCGCGAAAUUCUACAGAACAGGGAAGAGGCACUGUCAUCCGACCAAUAUUCUCCAGUAUUUCAGCUCUUGGAUAUCAGCUACCCAACUGAUCUGCAGAAUAGAUUGCCUCUGGGGAACAAUGAAGAAAACUCUCGCUACACAGAAGACAGAGAAAAUACCAUUCAUCGCACCAAAAGAAGCCAGCAGAAUAAACGACUUGAUUCAGAAUCUCAUGGAAACAAACGAAAAGAAAGGAAAAAAGGCAAGAAAGGCCCCCCUGGUGCCCCUGGGCCUCCAGGGCCACAAGGACCACCUGGUAUUCCUGGCAUCCCAGGAAUCCCUGGAAACAACGCAAUGGGCCCCUCAGGACCACCCGGUCCUCCAGGCCCUGCAGGACCCCCUGGGCCACAAGGACCCCCUGGUCUUCAAGGACACUCAGGGGGCAGAAUAAGAGAUAGCCAGCCUGCUGUGGUACAUCUUCAAGGCCAAGAAACAACAAUACAGGUCAAGGAAGAUCUUUCAGAAGGCGUACUGAGAAACUGGAAAAUGAUAUCCAUGCAUCACAAGGUGUUCAAGAUGCAUUCACGAUCUGGGGAGCUAGAGGUGCUGGUAGAUGGCACCUACUUCAUCUAUAGUCAGGUAGAAGUUUACUAUCUCAACUUCACUGACAUUGCUAGCUACGAGGUGAUGGUGGACAAGACUCCAUUCCUCCGUUGUACACGGAGUAUUGAAACAGGACAGCGCAAGUUCAACACCUGCUACACUGCUGGGGUCUGUUUGCUGCGUGCCCGGCAGAAGAUAUCCAUCAGAAUGGUAUACGAGGACACCUCCAUCAGCAUGACCAACCACACCACCUUCCUAGGAAGUAUCCGUCUUGGGGAUGCCCCCCCAGCUGGCCACUCCUAAAGAGAAAGGCCACCAAACUGUCUAUCAAGCCAGGACCCAACCCUCUAUCAGCAUAUCAGCCUAUGGCCUGGGGAGUCUCCGCCCUGUGUACUCUGCAUCUACCACAUAUCACAUAUGAACUAAUGAGGAGAUGAGGUGGCCCAGCUACUCCUCAGAUUACGUGUACAGUGCAUACACUAUUCACCCUCAGCCGAGGCAAGGCCCCACCUUCAGGCUACUACUGAGCUGACAAGCCCCACCCCCUCCCUUAUAUUUGGGGUAUCGCUGAAGUAAUGAUAUUAACACUGCCAGUUAUCUCUGACUGAAAGAUUCCAUCCACAGUGAUGAUGACACUGACAUUCGGUUAUGAUGAUGAUCGUGAUGAUGAUGGACAAAUAUGCACACAGCGUGUCAAACAGUAAGCAAGGGAGGAGCUACUGAUGUUUGAGGAAGGAUAAUGCAUCAGUCUGUACUUAUAGAAUAGUCCGUUUAUAGAAAAUAACUUGGUUUCCUUGAUCAUAGCAUGCUUGAGAAACCAUGGUUGACAAGAGUUGGUCACAACUCCACUUAAAGAACUGCAUAAAACACCUUUUAUACACUAUUAAACACAUUUAUAAUGUUUGUUUUAUUUACCAAACUCAACCUGUUUUGGAGUAAUGAGUGACUUUUGGUGUGGUAUUUAUUAAAGGUUUUGCAUUUUAGUGAUUUACUAGAUACUCUUAUCCAGAGCGACUUACAGUGGUAAUUGCAUACAGUUUAAUUAUUUUUAAUAUUAGUGCUUCUAUGGGAAUUGAACCCACAACUUUGGCAUGUACUAUGUAGGCCAUUGUACAACAUUGAUGCUACUGACAAAGCAUUGGAAUACAAUGUGUAUGUUGAAGCAUAGCAUUUCUAUGUUAGAAUGUGCACUGAUUAAAGCAAAUUAAUGAUCUGUAUGCAUUGCUUUAGCACUCCUGCACUCUGUUGAAAAACAAGGUCAACAUGAAUAUGAGUAUUUUAGUUUCUUUUAUGUAUCAUCUGUAAUAAUAUA